AUGCUCUCACAUUUGUUUUCUAACGCUUGCUUUUACGCUGAGAUGCGUCGGGCGCCUGCACCUGGAGGCGCGAUUACGGAUUAUCCCGUUCUCGAGGCAUCGACAUUAAUAUUAAAUUUCGAGGUUUCGAGUUCGUUCCUACCAGGCUUGCGCUGGCAGGUCGCACAGAUGUCAGCCAGUAUCAUCAUGCAUCUUGUAUUGUCUCCCUGA